CGAUACACCGGAACGGUUUGUUUCCAUCCUGUUUUCUGCCCGGAGCCAAAACACAGUGACACAAAACAGUGAAGGAGGGGAAAGGAAGAUGGCAGGAACCAAAUCAGCGGUGGUUCUGUGCAUGGAUGUGGGAUUCUCCAUGUCCAACUCUGCCCCGGGUGAGGAAUCUUCCUUUGAUCUCGCAAAAAAAGUCAUCCAGAAGUUUGUGCAACGUCAGGUUUUUUCUGAGACUAAAGAUGAGUUGGCGUUAGUUUUAUUUGGUACAGACUUCACCAAGCAUUCGCUGGACCAAGAUGGCCAAUAUCAACAUAUCAGAGUCCAUCGGCAUCUAAUGGCGGCUGAUUUUGAACUUCUGGAUGGGAUUGAGAAUCAGGUCCAUCCAGAGAGUCAACAAGCUGACUGGCUGGAUGCUCUUGUAGUUUGCAUGGAUCUUCUCCACUCAGAAACCAAGGGGAAGAAGUAUGAGCGUCUUAACAUUGCCCUCCUCACUGACCUCAGCACCCAAGCCAACCCAGAGCAGCUAGAUGUAAUUGUUGAAAAUCUGAAACAAGCUGACAUCACUUUGCAGUUCUUCUUGCCUUUCCCCGUGGAGGAUAAUGAACGUGAUGGAGGAGAUGGAGACAGCAGAAUGCCUGAUCAGCCAGGUGCAGGCAAAGGCCUGUCCAUGGAACAGCGUGAAGGUCUGGAAAUGGUCAAACACAUCAUGCUCAGACUGGAGGAGGAGGAUGGCCUGAAUGAAACAUACACCUUCAGUGAUGCCAUUGAGCAGCUGUGUAAGUUCAAAUGUAUUGAGCGGAGGCCUAUGGCCUGGCCCUGUCAGCUCACCAUUGGCAGCUCUCUGUCCAUCUGUAUUGUUGGAUACAAAGCAGUGACUGAAGAGAAGCUGAAGAAGACGUGGAUUACAGUUGAUGCUCAAACUAGCCAGAAAGAUGAUGUGAAGCGAGAGACCGUCUACUGCCUGGAUGAUGACAAUGAGACAGAGGUGCAGAAAGAUGACACAAUUCAAGGGUUUCGUUAUGGAAGUGACAUUGUGCCUUUUUCCAAAGUAGAUCAAGAACAGAUGAAAUACAAGCACGAUGGGAAGUGCUUUGCUGUUCUUGGCUUUACAAAACAGGACAUGGUACAUCGCCAUCACUUCAUGGGAAACAACGUCAUAAAGAUCUUUCCUGCGAGGGACGAUGAGCAUGCUGGAGUGGCGCUGUCGGCUCUCAUCCGAGCGCUGGACGAGCUCAAAAUGGUGGCCAUAGUACGAUAUGUAUAUGAUAGGCGCUCCAACCCCCAAGUGGGCGCUGCAUUCCCGUGCAUCAAGCUGCACUACGAGUGUUUGAUUUACAUCCAGCUGCCUUUCAUGGAAGACCUCAGACAGUUUGCGUUUCCUUCUCUUGAAAACAAGAAGUUCACACCAUCAGAUGCUCAGCUGUCUGCUGUGGACUCUCUCAUUGACUCCAUGAUGUUGACAGGCAAGGAUGAAAAUGGGGAAAUAAAGGACAUGUUCAAAGUCCAUCAGAUUCCAAACCCCGGCUUCCAGAGGCACUUCCAGUGCCUACAUCAUCGGGCAGUAUGCCCCGGCACACCUCUUCCCCCCAUGGAGCCAUGGCUAAAAGCUGCUCUUGAGCGCCCUGAGGCAAUUAGUGAACAUUGUCAAGCAUCUCUGGACAAGAUGAAGAGCAUCUUUCCUCUCACAGAAGUGGAAAAGAAAAAGCAGCUGAAGACUAGUGCUCAGAUAUUUGGCAAAGACACUGAUCAGCCAGAUGCCAAGAAGGAGAAGAUGGAUGAGGAGGAGGAGGAAGAAUAUAAUCUGGCUGACAUUGCUGAAGGCUCCGUUACUUCGGUGGGAAGCGUUGAUCCUGCCCGAGACUUCCGCGCUCUGGUCAAGCAGAAGACUCUUCCAUUUGGAGAGGUCUGUCAGCAGCUGACUUACAGGAUAGAGCAGUUGCUUGGCAACAAAAACACACACUACUAUAUGAAAAGCAUCACCUGCAUCCAGGCUUUUAGAGAACAGUCAGUAAAGAUGGGGAAUGCUGAUCUGUACAAUAGCUACCUCCAGUCGCUGAAAAGAAGCAUCCCAAACAGAGGUUUAGAUGUCUUCUGGGACUUGCUUGUUCAAGAUGCCAUUACUUUGAUCAGCAAAUGCGAAGUGGAAGGAAGCACCGUGUCCAAAGAGGAAGCUGCUCAGUUUUUAGUUCCUGAGGUGAAGAAGGAAGAAGUGGCUGCACCAGCACCAGAAGAUACUGGAGAUGUCGAUGACUUGCUGGACAUGAUGUAAGAAUGGAGGCAUUUGCAGUGGACAAGCUGGGAAAGGAGAAGAAUGCAGUUAUUCAUUGCAGCCAGACUGAACCAAUCAGCCAUCCUUUGUCAGGCCUCCUACACUGACACCACAGAUCCUUUUACAGAACAUCUCGCUAUUCAUACUUCGCUAUCUCAUACUUCAUAAACCACGUUUUACAGAAACCACACCUAAUGCUAUUUUGUUAAGUGCUUCACUGAGAAUAUUUUGAAUGUAGAAGUGUCUCUAAAUGUUGCAAAUCUCUUGUUUACAUUCCAUGGUAAUUUGCUUUGAUAGAUUGAGUGCUUUCAAUCUCAAGUUUCAUGUGCGCCAGAGGCCUUUUGGGGACAUCACAGAAAAGAGCAGUGUUGUGUCCAGCAAACAGCCGUUUUAUUAUCUGAAUAAAGCUUAAUUGUUGAUGAAGACUG